GUCGAGCUAGCUUGCGAGCUGAACAAAGGUGAGCUCGUGUUCGGCUCAUUUAUUAACGACCCGAGUUUCGAACGAGGUUUUCUCGAGUCGAACGCCAAACUGCUCACGAGCAGCUCGGCUCAUUUGCAGGCUGCAGCCCUAGUCGGUGAUAAGAGAAGGGGAGGGAGGGUUUUUUCGGUACACGUGGCAGGCAGGGUGCGUCCAGUCAGCAUCAAUGAUUGGUCUAAUUCUACGAUCAAACCUUAAUUACAUAUUAUUAAUUAAUUAAUGUUGUUGUUAUUGUUAUCGUUGACGAGGGAAUUGAGGUCACAGACAAAAAGGAAGCUGCCGGCUGUCUCGGCUGGGUGCAGGAAGGGAAGAGAUGUUUAAAUUGCCGAUUGGCGGAGAGGGAGGGAAAUAUAGAUUCGUCGCCCGGCAAUAGAAAGGUCCAAGCUUCCGGCCAAUUACGUCGGAGAGGAAAAAGACGGUAAGAAAAGGGUGAGUGCGGGUGGCGAAUGGUGAUGUGAGUUGGGUCGGAGAAGACGAAGGAGCCGUCGGCCGUCGAUUCCUACGUACGGUUUGCUGGCUCAUUAAGAGUUGAUGCGAUAUUUUUAAUUUAGAGAUUGAAUUCGGAACGAUAUCAAGAUCACGCGCGAGGUAAUAUGUUUAUUGAAUUCAGUCGUGGAUUUGACACCUGAAAUUCUACACACACGGAGAGUUUGAACAAAUUUAUUGUUUGUUGAUUUAAUCGGAAAGAAACAAUACACUGGUGAAGUCAUCUAACAAAAUCAAAGAGAAGUAACUCUAAAUGAGAGUGAUUAGUUGAUUUUCAUGAGGUAGUUUUCGAAAUUGAUGAUGUGCUCGUUGUGUGGGGUUGACAAGUACUGGCAGUUUGUUUUUUCACUAUCUGACAUUGAAAAUGAGAAUCAUAUCUUAUCAUCGUACUCUCCUUAUCGUCUAUGUUUAAAGGUUGAAUGAUGAAAUGACAUGACCCUUCCUUAGUUUUGAGUUUAUUAAGGUACAAUACAACCACAUCGAACUCCAACUUUCUUUUCAAAUCUGCUACAAAUUUCCUCCGUUGUUCCUUUUCUACUUUAUUUUCCUUGGAUUAUAGAUUUUUUUUUUUUAUUAAAGGGAGGCACAGAGCCAGAUUACAUCAGAUGAAGGUCUGCUUCAGUAGAGAACCAAAGUAAACAAAGUACAAAAAGGUCUAAAGUUAUCCAUUUUCUCCCCCUUGCUGACGCACCAUCCUAGGGAAACUAACCCCUAAGCUAUCCUCAUUCAGGAUCCUGUUGAGUUCCGACGGGGUUCAUCUAGCUCAUACGUACCAAAUGGAUAGACGAGACUGUGCUUCAGGAUCCUUGGAUUAUAGAUGGACUAGAAAUUAAAAACCGUGAUGUUGUUAUAUUGAUUGAUGAUGAAUGGACAUUUUGUUACAAAACAACAAAUUUUAACCACUUGGUUUGUUACGUUUUAAAAUUUAGUCACCAGUUGUAACUUCACCAUCACCACAUUCGUCGUACUAGUCUCUAUUUCAUAAACAGUCCUAAAAAAGAAAUUGUCAAUUGGGCCAGCAAUGGGCCCUGCGCCUAUCCGAAACCCCAAGGCCCAAACAAACCAAAACCACAAGAAAAUCGUAAGGAACAGAAAAUUUGAAAAUCUCCUCCCUCAUUCCCUCUAAUUUCCGAUUUUUUUUUUCUUCUGAAAACACACCACCACCACACAUGGUUUCAGAACUCACAAUGGAAAGAGAUGACUACUGCUGUCGCCGCCGCCGCACCUGUCUCCUCUCCCGCCGUCGCCAUUCACCACCAUCGCCGCCGUACGAGCACCACCAUCCUCACUUCCCUCCCAGCCUUCCCCUCUUCCCGCGCCAUCUCCCGGCGUAGCUUGAAAGUCAGGAAUGGCGAUUCCUCUUCGGAAACUGGCGCCGGCGGAGAAGGGAGGUCGGAGGCGGACAAGAUCGUGGACGGGAUGGAAUUCGGGGAGCUGUGCAACGAGUUUGAGUGUAUAAGCAGUCCUCAGGUGGAAUCCACGGCCAGGCAGCUCGCCCGUGACAUUUUUCAGCUUCGUCAGGGAAACCGUGCCCUUGGAACUUUCGCCGCCUCGGUUACAUACAAGGAUCCAGUCAGAAGUUUUACUGGUCGAGACAAGUACAAAAGGCCGCUCUGGUUCACUGAUGCCCUCCAAAACCCUACCCCGAGUGUGCAAGAAAUGGUGAUGCUGUCGACCAGCUUGCUGAGGAUCAGAUGGACAGUGAGAGGGAAGCCGAAAUCCUUCCUCGGUGCUUUGCUAGCCGGAGAGCUGAUAAUCAAAGUCAACUCCGAGUUCACUCUGAACCAGAUCAGUGGCCAGGUAAUCCAGCACCAAGAGUACUGGGACCUAUCAGCUUCAUCACCUCCUGGACAGGCAUUCUUCUGGGCGUCUCGACGCCUUUUUGCCACCGUCGAAGCAGGGAAAGACUUGGGUGUUCUGUUCAAGGAUCUGAGCAGCCGCAUUUCAAUCCAGAAGGACAGCUCCGACGACAUCUAUCCCGACCCCUCUGGCGAUCCUACGAAAUUCUUUCAGACGGAUGACAGCUUUCAACGAGACGCAUACCAGAUCGCUCUGUUUCUAGCCGUCGUCUACCUCGUUUUCCAGUUCCUGAAGAUAACUUUGUAGAUUGUAAUGCUAUGUAUAAUACAUUAUCUUUUCAAUUUUUACAUUUCAAACCUCGACCUUAAGACAUAUGAUUGUAAUUCUGUACUCAUUUCUAUUCAUUCGUGCUCCAGUAUGUGUUCAUCUCGACUACCCCUACGUUCACUUUACUACAUACCGAGACUUUAGCUCCUGAUCCGAUCAAUCUUAGUGGUUUCGAGACCCUGGUAACGUCACAAAACAUCAAAAUUACAUACCAUAGGCUCAGUAUAAUCAAGGAUGAAGUUACCGAUGGACAUUGAGUAACUCUUAUCGGCUACGAAACAGUAAAUUGGUAACGAGGGUGAAUGAUAAUUGGGAGGCAAAAGGGAACGAAGAAGAUAACAAAACGAGUAAGUUCUG